CGGCGGCGGCGGGGGAUGAACGCGGAGCGGGCGCGGGAGAUCCGCCAGCUGCAGAAGGCAAAGGACAAGGCCCAGCGCAGCGGGAACCUGGUGGAGGAGGCGGCUGUUUGCAACCAGCUCGGGGAGAUCUUGGCCGGCCAUGGACGCUACGAGGAGGCUCUGGAAGAGCACCGGCAGGAGCUGCGGCUGCUCGAGGCGGCGGGGGACCGCAUCGGCUGCGCCGUGGCCCACCGCAAGAUCGGCGAGCGCCUGGCUGAGCUGGAGAGCUACGAGGCGGCGCUGAAGCACCAGCGCCAGCACCUGGAGCUGGCGCGCUCCCUCUCGGAUCACACGGAGCAGCAGCGGGCCUGGGCCACCAUCGGCCGCACGUACAUGUUCGUCGCUGACAGCCGCCCGCCGGGGGAGGCCGUGUCGGCGCUGCGCGAGGCCGAGCAGGCCUUCAGGACCAGCCUGGCCAUCGUGGAGGAGAAGCUGGAAGGGGCCGUCCCCAGCCGGGAGCUGACCGAGAUGAGGGCCCGUCUCUACCUCAACCUCGGCUUGGUCUAUGACAGCCUGAAGGAUCAGGCCAAGUGCAGCCACUACAUCAAGAAGAGCAUCUUCCUCUCCGAGCAGGCGCGUCUCUGCGAAGACCUGUAUCGUGCCUACUUCAACCUGGGCAACAUCCACCUGCGGGAGGGCGAGCACUCCAAGGCCCUGCGCUGCCUCGACCGGGCCCGCGACUGCGCCCGCAGGAUGAAGGAGAAGGCCAUGGAGAGCGAGUGCUGCAGCAGCACGGCCCAGGUCCUACUGAGCCUGGGUGACUUCGCGGCUGCCAAACGCUCGCUGAGGAAGGCCUACGUGCUGGGGUCACGGCAGCCCUGGCAGCGGGACCUCAUCCGCUGCAACCUCCGCUUUGCCGCCAAGGCGAGCCGCCUGCAGGAGGCUCUGGAGGAGGCGGCGGCGAGCGACCCGCCGGCGGCCCUGGCUCUCUGCGAGCAGCUGGGGGACGUGUUCUCCAAGCACGGGGACUACGGCCGGGCUGUGGAGUAUUACAAGAGGCAGCUCGGCUACGCCGAGGCCCUGCGGAGACCCGCGCAGGAGCUGGCCGUGAUCCACGUCUCGCUGGCCACCACCUUCGGGGACCUGAAGGAGCACGCGCAGGCUGUGCACCACUACCAGGAGGAGCUGGCGCUGCACCAGGGCAACGCGCUGGAGGAGGGGAAGACGUGGCUGAACAUCGCGCUGGCCAAGGAGGAGGUGGGCGAGCCCCGCGCCGAGCUCGAGGCCUGCUUCCGCACGGCGCUGGAGCGAGCCGAGGAGGCUGGCGAGCCCCGGCUGCAGAGGCAGGUCCUGCAGCACCUCCACGCGCUGCAGCAGCGGCACGGCAGCGCGGAGGCGUCCGCCACCAUGGCCCGGCUGCAGAGCCUGGCAGCCUCGGGGGGCGACAGCGCCGGGGAGGAAGAGGAGGAGCUGGAGAGCAGCGAAGCCCUGGACGAGAGCAACCUGGAGCUGUCGGAGAGCGACGGGGAGGAAGAUGAGCUCGACGGCUACAGCAAGAGCGUUCCCGGGCGCCGGCGGAUCAGCAAGUGGAACCGGCGGAACGACCGGGGAGAGACGCCGCUGCACCGCGCCUGCAUCGAGGGCGACCUGCGGCGAGCCCAGCUCUUCGUGAAGCAGGGGCACCCUCUGAACCCUCGCGACUACUGCGGCUGGACCCCGCUGCACGAAGCCUGCAACCACGGGCACCUGGAGAUCGUCCGGCUGCUGCUGGACCGCGGCGCCGCUAUAGACGACCCCGGGGGGCCGGGCUGCGAGGGCAUCACGCCGCUGCACGACGCGCUCAGCUGCGGCCACUUCGACGUGGCCGAGCUGCUGGUGCAGAGGGGAGCGUCGGUGACGCAGAGGAACGCCAAGGGCCUGACGCCGCUGGGCACGCUGGCGGAGUGGGUGAGCAUGUACAGCAAGGACCUGGACCAGGAGACGCGGCAGCGCUGCCGGGCCAUGGAGCGGCUGCUCAAGGAGACGGCGGCGGGCCGAGCUCCUGCAGCGCCUCCGCUCCGCCCGGACUCCCAGCUGUUCGAUGCCGAGCUCUCGGAGCCCCUGAUCCUGCGCCGCUCUCCCCCAGGGUGCGAAGGCCCCCCCAGGAAGGCCCCCGGCCCCCAGGGCUGGGGGGAUGCAGCGGAGUCCCCCCAGGGGCAGGAGGACCGUCCGGAGCAGGAGGACGGCGACAUGUCCCCGCUGAGGCCGGUGAAGAAGCGGCAGCGGGUGCUGGGGGCCGAGGGGAGCCGGCUGCCGGGGCUCGGCAGGCAGGAGGCAGCGAGGACGGAGCUGGCGGCUCCCAGCCGGAGCCAGGCCGAGUACGAAGCCGCCAUCCGGGCCCUGGGCAGCGCCAAGUCCCUCCUCAGCAGCGGCCUGGAGGCGGCACGCAAGCCGGCCCCGCGGCCGGCCCUCAUCCCGGCCGAGCAGUACGUGGAGGACGACUGGCUGGAGGACGACGUGGGGGCGGCCCGCGGGGCCCGCAAGCGGCUCCGCCGGGAGCCCGAGGAGCUGGGGGCCGCCUCGGAGGAGAGCACGGGGCCGGAGAGCGACGGCGGGGCCCCCUGCCCGCCCCGGCACCGCCGCCGCCGCCGCGCCACCCAGAGCCGCCUCACCCGCCUCGUGGAGAGGACGCGGCCGGGGCGCUCCCGGGAGCGCGGCGGCCCCGAGGCCGCCGGGGCGGCCAGCGGCCCCGUCCCACGGGGGGCUGACGGCCCCGCGGAGGCCGAGGGCCUGGGGGGCAGCGGGGAGAGCCCUCCCCGGGGCCCCGCGCAGCUCCCUUCGCUCCCGGCCGCCCCGGCCCCGCUGCCCACCAUCCGAGUGCGCGUCCGGAUCCAGGACAACGUCUUCCUCGUCCCCGUGCCCGCGAGCGAGAGCCGCGCCGUGGGCUGGCUGGCGGAGCAGGCUGCCCAGCGCUACUACCAGACCUGCGGGCUGCUGCCCCGGCUCACCCUGAAGAAGGAGGGGGCCCUGCUGGCCCCCCAGGACCUCGUGGGGGACGUCCUGCAGAGCAACGAGGAGGUGCUGGCCGAGGUGCAGUCGUGGGACCUGCCGCCCCUGGCCGAGCGGUACCGCAGGGCGUGCCAGAGCCUGGCCGUGGAGCCGCACCCGCUGCUGCUGAAGGUCACGGAGCUGCAGGAGCAGAGCCCCGCGUUCAGCGCCGGCGGGCUGGCGCUGCGCCCCCCGCACCUCCCGCCGCUGCUGCGCGCCCUCAAGCUGCAGGCGCCCCUGCGGCAGCUGCGGCUGGCCGGCAGCGGGCUGGCCGACGGCGCGGCCGCCGAGCUGCUGGCCACGCUCAGCACCGUGCCCAGCCUCGUCCUCCUCGACCUCUCGGGCAACCAGCUCAGCGCCCGGGGCCUGCAGCUCCUCGUGCCCCAGCUGCCCGGCCCGGCGGCCUUCCAGAGCCUGGAGGAGCUGGAUCUGAGCCUGAACCCCCUGGGGGAUGCCGGCUGCCGGCCCCUGGCCCUGCUGCUCCGGGCCUGCCCCGUGCUGACGACGCUCCGGCUGCAGGCGUGCGGCUUCGCGGCCGGCUUCCUCCAGCACUGCCGCCUCUCGCUGGCCGGCGCCCUCGCAGGAGCCGUGCACCUGGAGACGCUGGCGCUGUCCUGCAACGCCCUGGGGCCGGUGGGGCUGGAGCAGCUCCUGCGCAGCCUGCCCUGCCGCAGCCUCGGCCGCCUGGAGAUCGGCUCCGUGGCCGGAGCGGGCGGCGCGGCCCUGGCGGAGGCCGUGCGCGGGUACCUGACGCAGGAGGGCUGUGCCCUGACGCACCUGACGCUCUCCGGGAAUCACUUGGAUGAUGACGCGGUCCUGGAGCUGGCCAGGUGCCUCCCCGCCUGCCCCGCUCUGGUCUCCCUGGAUUUGUCUGCUAACCCCGGCGUCGGCAUCGCAGGCCUGCGCGCGCUGCUCUCGGCCCUGGCGGAGCGGCGCGAGGGGCUCCGGUACCUCAGCCUGGCAGGCUGCUCCGUGCAGGGCCCGCUGGACGCCGCUACCUGGGCCGCGGCCGCGGCCAGCGUGCGGGACCUGCGGCUCUGCAGCCGGCGCACCAGCCCCAGCGACCAGCGGGCCGCCGGCGAGGCCUGGCGCGGGCCCCCCGGCACGGCCCUGCGGGCCCUCACCCGGCACCAUAAGCUCUUCUGCAAGAGCCUCUGAGGCUCCAGACCGCGGCGGCUCCGCGCCGGCAGCUCUGGGGACCGCCUCUCCGCUUCCACCUGGCAGCAUCCGAACUCAGUGCUAGGGCAAGAACAGAGCGCACCAGAACCGGUCCCCGUGCCGUGGAGUGGCGAGGCAGGAUGGAGCCGAGGGUGUGCUCGCGGCUUGGGCCGGGCCCUGGUGUGUGCUGUCGCGCGCGUUUUUAUCCUUGGAACUGCUCUGAACACGACGCAGUAUUUAUGAACACGGCUG